AUCUCAGAAGGGAAGGCAAACACCCGAUGGAGAUUUCACCGGAAGUCUAACAAACAUGUCGUCCACAAAGUCCGGACAAAUUUAUUUCCGCGUUGAGACACCAAACAAUCCGACCAUUCAUAAGAAUGCGAGCCAUUACUCAAGUUUCAAAGGCUUUUUGAACGCACCGCCGGUUUCUCUAUACCGUACUCUCUCAGUGCCCGCGCAUAUAAUGCACGGCUCCCACAGCGCGGCCAACAGAUCAAGCGAUGCGAUGAGCGAUCGGUCCAAUGAGUUGGCGAUCGAGAGAAGAAAAAUACUUAUACAACAAAAACUAAAUGAGGGAACCUUUGGUCAGAUAUAUAGCGGACUCCUUGUGGCCGACUUUAACGACAUGAGCGCUGAGUCCAAGAUUAUGAUUAAGACAGUCUCAGACCAGGCGUCGAGAGUACAGAUUUCACUCAUUAUGACCGAAGGAAUGCGGUUUUAUUCGCUAAAACACCGCAACCUUCUCAGCAUAAUCGGCACGUGUACUGAUGACCCCAAACGGCCGCUCCUUAUCUAUCCUCAUAUGAAUAGUGGAAAUCUUAAACUUUUUCUCCAGAAAUCGAGUUCUCAUAAGUAUCCAAAUGACGGACAAAUUCAAACAUUUUUGACUCAGGAUUUGGUCCAAAUGGCCGUUCAAAUCGCAUCAGCUAUUAUUUAUUUACACAAACGGCGUCUAAUUCAUCGAGAUUUGGCAACAAGAAACUGUUUCGUCCAAACUUUAGAUCAAAAUUCAUUUCUAGUCAAAGUAUCGGAUAACGCGCUCUCGAGGGAUUUAUUUCCAAACGAUUACCAUUGUUUGGGAGACAAUGAGAACCGACCGCUCAAAUGGUUAGCGUUAGAAAGUCUGGUGAAGAAAGAGUUCACACAAUUCAGUGAUGUGUGGAGUUUUGGUGUAACACUUUGGGAACUCAUGACAUUAGGACAACAGCCGUACUUCGAAGUCGAUCCC